AUGACGGACAAAGUGGCGGAGGGCAGACGGACCCCCGUGGUGGCGGCGGCGCACGUGGCGCGCGGCCCGCCGGCGGCCGCAGAGCAGCAGCGGACGGAGCCGUGCCCGCGCGGCGCGCUGCUCGACCACAGCCGGCGGCACCGGACCGCGUUCACGCGCGAGCAGCUGACCCGGCUGGAGCAGGAGUACGGCAAGGAGAGCUACGUGUCCCGGCCGCGGCGCUGCGAGCUGGCCACGGCCCUCAGCUUACCGGAGACCACCAUCAAGGUGUGGUUCCAGAACCGGAGGAUGAAGGACAAACGCCAGAGACACACCUUGACGUGGCCCCACCCUCUGGUGGACCCCCUGGGGGCGCUCCUGAUGGGCCACGCCUCUCCUUGCUCCGCCUUGCCGUACCCCUUCAUUCCGCCCCACCUCCCGCUCCACCACCACCACCACCACUACCCGCUGGCUCUCUCUUCGCCGGCGGCAGCGGCGUCCUACGGCGGCCCCAUGCGGCCCCUGGACGCGCUCCGCCUCUCCCAGUUCCACAACAGACACCACGGGGGGCUGCCUGCGACCGCGGCGGCCCUCUACCCCUCCGCCGGCCUCUUGCACCACCCCGCCUCGUGUCCGUGCCCCCUCUGCCUGCACUGGGCGCCGGAGCAGCUGCUGAAAGCCAGAGCGGAGGCCCUGAGACUGAGCCGGCCCCGGAGCCCCAAGGCCACCGUACAGCCUGGGGGUCUGGAGCGGAGGGAAGAGAUGGUGUAA